CUGUACGGGGGAAUAGAGCGCGCAUAGGAAGUGCGUUACAUGCGUGUCACCGUCAAUGAAUGCUAUGGCGGCGAUGCUGUGUGGUCGGUCAGGAGCCCGGCUUGUGCUGGGAACUGUACUCUGGUCCCCAGGGGGCCACAUCCGGAUCGCAGACGCGUCCGUUCAAUCAUUGCAGAAGUGCAUGAGAACCCUGCGGCCGCUGAGUACGCUGCCCCCUCCCGGGCCAAAAGGAAAGCCUUCGAAACCUGGGCCGGUCUCCUGGAAAUCUCUCGCGGCCACCGUCGCCCUGGGAGGAGCGUUAAUGGGUGGAAUGAAAUAUUUGAAGAAGGAGAAAGAAGAACAGAUUGAACAGGAAAGACACCGUUCAGUGGGGAAGCCAUUACUUGGCGGACCUUUCUCUUUGAUUGACCACAAUGGGCAGCCGAAAACAGACAAAGACUUCCUGGGUCAAUGGGUUCUUCUGUACUUUGGGUUCACGCAUUGCCCUGAUAUCUGUCCUGAGGAAAUUGAGAAGAUGAUUCUGGUGGUGGAUGAAAUUGAUAAAAUGCGAUCCCUCCCGGAUAUAACCCCGAUUUUUAUUACCAUUGAUCCCGAACGGGAUGACAAGGAGGCAGUCGGCAGAUACGUCAAAGAAUUUUCCCCUAAACUGAUUGGGUUGACUGGGAGCACGGAGCAGGUUGAAGCCGUGGCCAAAGCCUACAGAGUGUAUUUCAGCCCGGGACCAAAGGAUGAAGAUAAGGAUUACAUAGUGGAUCACACGAUCAUUAUGUAUCUGAUAGGACCCGAUGGAUCCUUCGUCGAUUACUAUGGACAAAACAAAAACAACGCAGAGAUUUCGCUUUCUAUCGGAGCUCACAUGAGGAAAUACAAACAGAAGAGCUAGCCGCAUGCAGGCUGCCACAGCCGCCACAAAGCGCUGGUAUCCGCGCCUCUUCCGGGAACGCAGAAAUGUGGUGGAUUUAUUAUUAUUUUUUUACAAGUAAAUUGUUGUUAGAUGAGGUGACUGCUGAGUCGGUCUGCGCAUGGUCCGGGAAGCUUACUCAAAUGCACUGAUCGUUACUGUGACUGGUUUACAAGGGUCCAUGAAAAAGAUUAUGGGGGACGGGGUUCUUUGCCGUGAAAAAUACAGGACAUGAUCUGAUUUAUAAA